AUGAGUCAAACUCAAUGCGCAAGAAAAUCAUGUGCCAGCUCUUCAUCUUCCAAUGAAGGAGUUUCCAACACUAAAGAAAACCAAAAAGCAAUUGAGUUGGAAAUUAUUAAAAACAAUAUUGCAAGAUAUCAUGAAGAAGCACUCGAUCAAUUGAGAAGAUUGAUUCCAAAACAAAAAGAAGAAGAAACGAAAACAACAUUCAAUCCAUCAGAUAUUUGGCAAGAGUUGAAAUAUCCAGAAUUUGCUUCUUUGGAAAAGCCAAGUAUUAUCACUCAAGCAGAUGCUAGUAGUAGAGUGGAUAGUGAUGUGUCUAGAAUUGCUCCAUUUGCUGAAACUGAGAGCAUGUCCAGGUUUAUUGAUAAUAACAUUGAAAGAGGGUCUCGUGUCAUUGACUGCAUGGGAGGAUAUGGACAUGUAGCUAUGGCUUGUAUCCACGGAGGAAAACGUACAGAUUUGGCAGUAUUUGAUCACUUUGAAAACGAUGAGAAAUCAAGAAGUGUAAGAAUGAAAGCAGUACAGAAGAAUAUGGAUCAAUAUCAUACCAAAUUUUCAGGAAAGAGAAAGGCCAACAUCUAUGAGCAUGGGAUCCAUUUAAAACAAGAGAUGAGAAUCAACAAUGUUUUACUACUGGAUGCAAGAUUGAUCACUGAAAAGCUUGAGAAAAUCAUUGAAGAUUUUAAGAAUUCUAAUGCAAGAGAAAUAGUGCUCAAGAUUCCAAUUCAUUUCACACUGGCUAAUGAGUUUGCUAGUAGGAAUCCAGAGCUGAGAGGUAUUGGAAUGGUCAUGAAGUGUCCAAGUACUAGAAUUCACAAUGAGACAAUGCUUGGAAUGGAAGAAGAUUUCAUUCAAUUGCUUAUUAUUAGAAAGUUGGUUAAAAAGCAAAACAAGAAUGAUAGACAACAACAAUAUUAUAACAAUGAUAGAAGUAAAAAGCAAAAGUAUUAUUAA